AUGGCAAAAGCCAUAGUUCUGCUUCUCCUGGGCAUUGCUGCCUGUCAUGCCCACUCAGUAACCUACUACAGAGGUUCAGGAAGUUUACAAUGCCGUGUUGAUGACCCUCUAUCAUGUAGUCAAGAGAAACAAGAAGUUUGUGUCUUCACAAAUGGACAGUACAAAUGUGAAUGUCCAAAUGGAGUAAGCAGAUUAUCAGAUGGAAGAUGUAUGCUAGUCAAUGAAUGUGCUCGACCAUCAACAAAUGGAUGUCAUAAAGACGCUAAUUGCAUUGACAGGCUAGAUGGAUACACCUGCCAAUGUAAAACAGGCUUUGCUGAUGUUUCUGUUGAUCGUGUUAACAAGCCAGGAAGAAUUUGUCAACGAACUCAGAACGAGUGCGGUGCCAAACAAACCUAUGGCGUUGAUUGCGAUGCCAGUGCUUCAUGCGUUGAUACUCCAGAAGGAUUCCAAUGUGUCUGCCAACCUGGAUUCGCUGAUAUCUCCGACUCUGUCAGCAAACUUCCCGGAAGAAAGUGCAUUGAAAUGAAAAACGAAUGUCUCGAUGGUUCAGCUGAUUGUUCUUCCAAUGCUGAUUGCUUUGACCGUCCUGAUAGUUAUGAGUGCAGAUGCCGACCAGGAUUCGUUGAUGCCUCUCCUGAUGUUUCUCAUUACCCUGGACGUGUUUGUAACCGUCCAAAGGGACCAGAGCACUACGGUUACAUGUCUGUUCACAAUCAAUGUUCUGACCACAAACAAUGCGGACCAAACGAGGAAUGCAGAUAUAACCCACAAGGACAAAUGGUUUGCCAAUGCAAGAGAGGUUCCGUCCAACAAGCUGAUGGAAAAUGCAAAUUGUUCUCUCAAUGUGAACGUCAGAACGAGUGUGACCAUAACGCUUUGUGCUCAAACACCUAUGAUGGAUACAGAUGCCAAUGUAAAGCUGGAUUCAAGGAUGUUUCUCCUGAUCCAUUCAGACUUCCAGGAAGAAAAUGCCAGCAAAUCAAGAACGAAUGUUCCGAUGGAACUCACGACUGUUCACCUUUGGCAGAAUGCGAAGACACCCAGCACGGUUUUCUUUGCAAAUGUAAAUCUGGCUGUACUGAUGUCUCAUCUCGUUAUGGUUUGGCUACAGGACGUCGUUGUUCAGAGGGAGCUCACCAAUGCUCUGACUCUUCCUUGAACUCCUGUGACAAGAAUGCUGAUUGCGUCCAAUUGCCUGAUGGAUAUACCUGUAAAUGUAUCAAUGGAUACGUUGAUGUCUCAUCAAACGCUAACUUACCACCUGGACGUGUCUGUACUUUGAGCACUGCUUGCCCUGCUCAAGCUACUGAUCUAGUAUUCCUCAUUGAUGGUUCUGGAUCUAUCGGAUCAUACAUUUUCCAAACAGAGGUUCUCCGAUUCUUGUCUGAGUUCACCGAGCUCUUCGACAUCAGUCCAGAAAAGACACGAGUUUCUGUCGUCCAAUAUUCCGACCAAAUCAGACACGAGUUCGGAUUGAACGAAUACAGAAACAGUGCUACCCUUCACCAAGGAAUUAGAAGCAUCGACUAUCUCACUGGACUCACCAGAACUGGAGCUGCUAUUGAGCACGUUGCCAAUGAAGCUUUCUCUGAGAGACGUGGUGCUCGUGGCAGAGAUGCUGGUGUUACCAGAGUCUGUAUUGUCAUUACUGACGGAAGAAGUCAGGACAAUGUCACCAUUCCUGCUGACAACGCCCGUCGAUUGGAUAUCCAAUUAUUCGCUGUAGGAGUUACCAAUCACGUUUUGGAUUCUGAAUUGGAAGAAAUUUCUGGUUCUAAAGACCGUACUUUCCAUGUUAAUGGUUUUGAGGAUCUGAACACUCGUCUUCGUUCUGCUAUCCAAAAGGUUGCCUGCCCACAGAGCGAAACUCCUGCUUCUAACGAUAAUGGUCCAUGCGAUCCAAACGGUCACUCCGGUUGCGACCGUGCCCUCAACCAGGUCUGCAUCGAGAAGAAUGGACGCUUCUCUUGUGGAUGUCCAGCUGGCUUCGAAGAGCAUCCAGUUACUAGAGCCUGCGGAGGAGAUGUUUGUAACCCAGAAAUCGCCACUUCCUGCCCAGAUCCAGAAAUUUGUGAGAAAACUCCUUUCGGAAACUGGAGAUGUACAUGCCCAGCUGAUCUUGGAUUCAGAGAUGCCCAUACUGGUGUUUGCAAAAUUGGUGGACCACCAACUGAAGAAGCUACUGAUGAAUGCAAUCCAGGAGAUUCCGCUACCUGUGGACCAAACGGACAAUGCAUCCGUGGACCCGGUGGAGAAUUCGUUUGCCAAUGCAGAGAAGGAUUCGAGAAAAAUCUCAAGUCUGGAAAGUGUCAAGAAGUUGGAACCUGUGAUCCUUCCAUCCCAGACUCCUGUGAAGUUCGUAAGAGAGAGAAGUGUCUUCCUAACGGUCGUGGACUUUUCACUUGCCAAUGUCCUCGUAACUUCAAGCGUCAUCCUGUUACCGAAAUUUGCUUGACUGACGAAUGCGCUCUCGGAUCUCACGAUUGCGAUCGUAAUGCUCACUGUAUUGAUACCGACGAGUCUUACAUCUGUACUUGCAACGCUGGUUUCUUGGACAGAUCUCCAAAUGAGAAAGUCAAGCCUGGACGUGUCUGCGAACAACAAAGAAACGAAUGUGCUGAAGGUCGUCAUAACUGCUCUGCUAAUGCUGAGUGUAUCGAUCUCCCUGAUGGAUUCCUCUGCAGAUGCAAAGAAGGAUACAUUGAUGUGUCACCAAAUCCACAUGUAUUUGGCGGAGUCGCUUGCAAGGCUUUAGUUGAUGAGUGUGCCAGUGAUAGUUUGAACACAUGCCACAACAAUGCUCUCUGCAUAGACACAAGAGAUUCAUACAAGUGUCAAUGUAAGGAAGGAUAUGUUGAUCAUGAUGAGCUCCGUAACCCAGGACGUGACUGUCGCAAACUCAACCAAAUCUGUGAAGGUGGAAAGCAUGACUGUGAUCGUAAUGCUCGUUGCAUUGAACGUGGUUCCAACGAUUAUGAAUGUGUUUGUAACGCCGGAUUUUUGGAUAAGAGCCCUCUUCCACACCGCCCAGGAAGACGUUGUUUGGAACAAAUUUGCAAUGAUGAUAAGAAGCACGAUUGUCAUACUGCUGCCAUUUGUCAGGAAGUUGAUACCCCAGAAAAAUACACUUGUAAAUGUCGCGACGGAUAUGUUGACAAGAGCCCCUUCAGACCCGGACGUGAAUGCGAGGAGCAAGUAAACGAAUGCUUGGACGCUUCAUUGAAUGAUUGCGAUCCUGUAGCUACUUGCCGCGAUCUUGACGAUGGAUACGAAUGCAGUUGCCCAAUCGGAACUAAAGACGUUUCCUCUGAUGCCUCUAAGCCUGGAAGAAGUUGCUUCGGACUUGUUGAUGAAUGCCGUGUACCUAACCUGAAUAACUGUUCUCGAUUCGCUUUAUGUAUCGAUAAGGAAGAAGGAUUCGAAUGCAAAUGCAAACCAGAGUACCACGAUCAAGAUCCAAGAAACCCAGGAACUAACUGCAAAUUCAUUAUUAAUGAAUGCCAAUCUGAGAACUUGAACGAUUGUGAUAGACAUGCUGUUUGCAUCGACACUGUUGAAGGUUAUGAAUGCAAAUGCAACAACCCAUACAAAGAUAUGCUUCCAUCUAAUCCAGGACGAGUAUGCAGAUUCAAUGAAUGUCUCGAUCCUAAGGAUAAUGACUGUGAUGCUAAUGCUGAUUGUGUCGAUACUGAUGACAGUUAUCUUUGCCAAUGUAAGACUGGAUUCUUCGAUGAAAGCACUGAUCCAGCUACUGCCGGACGUGUUUGCGUUGAAUUAGGUCUCGUCAUUGAUAAGCCACAAGAAACUGAGCCAACUACUCUCUCUCCAAAUCUCUUCGCCUGUGGAAACACAUUGUGCAAGAAGGAUUUACAUGAAGUCUGUAUUGGCGGAGAGAAAUGCGGUUGUCGCCCAGGAGAAGGCCGCUCCAGCCCUAGGGAUAUUUGUAUUCCAGUGACUGAGGUUCCUCUCGUUGUCCGUGUUCUCGAAUUCGACAACGAGCCACUUCAUUAUUCCAAUGACUACAGCAAACCUGGAAGUUCCGGACAUGUAGAAGUUGUUGAAAGCACAAAGAGUGGACUCGGUGACAUUCUGAAACAUACCAGCUUUGCUCCUCGUUAUGUCGCUACUGAUGUCAAGUUCAUCACCAAUCCUAAGGUUGAAAACAGUACCUGGGAUGGUGGACUUCUAGUCAACUCUUCCAUUCUUCUUUCUGGAGAUGAUGAUAUCGAUCGCUGCAAAGUCUUCCAAGAGUUUGCUGCUGAAGUUGUAGCUCGUGGUGGACGCAUCGAUCGCUUGAAGGCUGCUGACGAUUUCAAUCUUCUUGACCCCUGUCUUCCCGCACAACAAAUUUCUGGAAUCGCCUGUGGCAAUACUUUCUGCAAAACUGAACUUGGAGAGGAAUGCAUUGCUGGAAAAAUCUGUGGUUGCCCUAAGGGUCAGAAGAGAAAGAACUCUGAGAGCCAGUGCCGUAUUGUUGAAUCUUGGAACUUGCCAUUAUAUGUUAUUCGUGAUAAUCAUGAAUACAUUGAGUACUCUCCUAUGCUUAGCAAUCCAAGAGAACCACUCUCUAAGAGUCUUGUUAACAGAUUUGAGAGCGGAGUCGCUGAAAGUUACGACCAGACUCCUCUUAAGAGCUCUUUCAUCGUUGCAGAAGUUAAUGACAUUGAAAACCCCAAAGAUCGCAAUGUGUCAUGGGAUCACGGAAUCCUUUAUAACUUUACUAGUUACUUCGUGAAAGGAGGAGUUGCUGAGCCAAAGACAGUUUUCACUGAUCUGAUUGAUUAUAUCGCUAAGAAGAACAACUAUCAAGUUGGAACAUCUAAACUCUUCAUUUCUCCUGAUCAAAUGAAUCCAUUCUCCGCCUGUUACAAGAGUGAUUGUCAUCCAUCCGCCAUUUGCCGUGAAAACGGACAUGGAUUCACAUGUGAAUGUGCCAGCGGAUAUCGUGAUUUGAAUCCUUCAAAGCCAGGACGUGAAUGUUUGAGCUAUCGUGGUGUGAACGAAUGUGAAAAGCCAGAGUUGAAUGAAUGCUCUCCUGAUGCUCGCUGCAUUGAUUUGGAAUAUCUUUACAAAUGCGAAUGUAUUCCUCCAUACGUCAACGCUGCUACUGAUGGUGCUGUCCCAGGAAGCGUUUGCUCCAUUGAUUAUUGCUCCGAUGUUAACUACUGUCCAUUGAACUCUACUUGUCACAAUGUAGAUGAACAAGCUAGAUGCGAUUGCAAACCAGGCUUCGUCGAUUUGCGCAAAUCUGAUCAUCUUUCUGAGGCUGGACUCGGAGAUUCUAUCUGCCUCCGUAGCCAAGAUGUUGACGAAUGUGCCCUCGGACUCCACAACUGCUCAGCUGCUGCCAUCUGUACUGAUAAGAAGAACGGAUAUGAAUGUGCUUGCCCAGAAGGAUAUACCGAUGGUAACCCAUCUGAACCUGGACGCAUUUGCGCUGCCUUGUUAUGCGGUCUUUGCAAUGGACAUGGAGAUUGUAUCCAUGACAGCUUGACCAACAAUGUCACUUGCGCUUGUGUCGACGGAUAUUCAGGAGAAUUCUGUGAAGUCGCUCCAUCAAAGGCGGGACUCAUUCUCAUGCUUCUUCUGGCUCUUCUCUUCCUUCUCCUCACCCUUCUCUGCUGCUUGUGGCUGUGUGCCAGAUGCAGAUGCUUCGGUGGUCGCGGUGGCAGCGAUGCCAGUGCUUCUGGUCAAGAAAUACUAGGAUCAGAUUAUUACACGAUUCCAAGAGCUAAGCUGAAGCCAUAUGGAGAUGAAAUGGUUGGACAUGACAACAUUGGUGCAUUACAAGCCUAUCUCGAUGAUGGAGCUUCCAUCUCAUCAGACGGAACGCUAGAGGAGAUCGAAAGACGAGUAGUUACAGAUGUGACAACAAAGGAAAUUCGAACAACCACCGUUCGUGAUGAGCAUGGAAACGUUAUCAGCACAAGCCAAACAGUACAUCAUGGAUCAGCUGAUUCCGAAUCCGAAGAUAGUGAAACAGAAACGGAACAGUAUGAUGUAACAACAUCCGAUCAUUAUACACAUACAACAAAUCACCGUACCGUUCCUCCAACUUCAUCAUACAGCUACGAGGAAAAAAGCUAUAACAGCUAA